AGUCAGACAUUUUAUUGUAAAACUAAAAAUUUCGAUUUUCCAGAAAAGUAAACAAAUCAAAACCGGAUAAAAAUCACAGUCCAGUCCCCUAUUCAGAUUUCAGCGUCUCCUAAUUCAAAAACCUCUCACUCACUCUCUCCCAUACUCACCAAUCCAAAAAAUGCAUGCCAAAACAGACUCCGAAGGAACAAGCGUAGACACCACAUGGCCGCCGCGGUCACCGCCGCGACGACCGAUAUACUACGUCCAAAGCCCAUCAAAUCACGACGUAGAAAAAAUGUCAUACGGCUCCAGCCCAACCGGUUCACCGCCGCACCAUUACUACCACUGCUCUCCCAUUCAUCACUCCCGUGAGUCGUCCACUUCUCGAUUCUCUGCCUCUCUCAAGAACCCUAAAAACGUUGCUGCUUGGAAACAUAUACAGCUUAAUCCCCAUCGUCACGGUGGUCAAAAUGACGGCGACGGCGACGAUGAUGAAGAGAUGGUGGGGCAUUAUUACAGCCAUGGGUCUGGUCAUAAUGUUAGACUGUAUGUUUGUGGGUUCUUGUUCUUUGUUUUGCUGUUUGGUCUGUUUUGUUUGAUUCUUUGGGGUGCCAGCAAAGCUUAUGAACCUCAAGUUUUGGUUAAGAACAUUAUAUUCGAGAGCUUCAAUGUACAAGCGGGAAAUGAUGAGACAGGAGUACCAACAGACAUGCUUUCCUUGAAUUCGACGGUGAAGAUUCAUUACAGAAACCCAGCAACAUUCUUCGCCGUCCACGUCACCUCAACCCCAAUAGAACUUCACUAUUACCAACUCAGAAUCGCCUCAGGACAGAUGAAGAAGUUUACUCAAUCAAGGAAGAGUGAGAGGAAAGUGACGAUGGUAGUGCAUUCUUCUCAAAUUCCCUUGUAUGGUGGCAUACCGCUUCUUGCUACCGCGCAAAAACACAUCGAGAAAGUAGCGGUUCCUCUGAACCUAACAUUUGUUAUGAGGUCUAGAGCCUAUAUUCUGGGCAGAUUGGUUAAGUCCAAAUUCUAUACGCGAGUUAGAUGUCCGGUUACCCUCCAUGGAAACGGACUAGGGAAACCUCAUAAUUUGACGCAUUCAUGUGUUUACCAUUGACUAAUUGAAUAUUUUUAUGAUCCGUACGAUAAUGAAUUCUGAUACCAAAUUUUGUUGUACAGUUUAGAUUAUCCUCCGGUUUCUUUAUUUUUUAUUUUUGAUAUGUUGAAAUGAUUCAUGUAGCUAAAUGCAGCGGUGGAUAUAUUGUUUCUUGUUUACAAUGUAAAUUUUGAUUGUUGUAUAAGCUCUUGAAAGAAACACAUAUUUUGGUUGUUCUUUAUAGCAAGUUUGAUGUUAGCAA